AUGGCAAGUAUUAUAACUGCGGUAGUUGGUGAAAUAUUUAUUGAAUUUAAUGAAAGCAUAGGAAAAGAAUCAAUUGCUUUUUUAGCAAAUUUAAUUUCAGAAUGCACUGAUGCCAGUGAUUUAAAAGAACAAUUUAAAAUUUUUUGUAAAAAACACUCCAUCACAAAAGAAGAGGAAAAGAACGAACUUUAUGAAAAAGUAGUUGAUACCUUAAAAAACAAUAAA